AUGCCAGGUCCGGAAGGAAACGUUGGUGAAAUGAAGAAAAGCGAUUUCAUUGUGCUUCCGAUACUUUGUCUGAGUAAUUUGGCAAAUGCCAAGACAGCUGGACUUGAUACAGACUUGAACCUGAGAGGGAAUGAAUACUCCUUAUUGAUACUUCUCUUCUAUAUUCCAUUCGGUCUGUUUGAUCUGCCAUGGAAUCUUCUAAUAAAGCGGUUCUCGGGCAGACUGAUGCUCUCUUUUAUGUCAGUUACUUGGGGUGUUCUAGCACUAUGCCAAUGUGCUGCCAAAGACUUCGGUUCCCUUUUGGUAAUAAGGAUUAUUCUCGGAGUUUUCGGGGCAGGGUUCUUUGCAGGUGCAACAUUCUACCUGACCUUAUUCUACCCUCGUGGAGAAAUGGGUUUUCGACUAGCGAUCAUGCAAUCCUUCGCCGUUCUGGCGUCUGCAUUCAGUGGACUCAUCUCGUUCGGGGUUUUUCAAAUAAAUGAUCCAACAGUCAAAGGAUGGCUAUGGUUAUUCAUCGUUGAAGGAGCGAUGACUUUGAUCACUGCGGUUGUUGGUUUCUUCCUAUUGCCGGAUAGCGCACCGAAAGCGUGGUUCUUGGAUGACAGGGAGAAAUCGGCAGCCAUAGCACGUCUUCUUCGAGAUAACUUAUCGGAACUUGAUACUGGAUUUAAUCUUAAGGCUUGCUUUGAGACUUGGCACGAUUGGAAAUUCCCAGUGUGGUGCUUGAUCACAUUCACAUAUCCGGUUGCAUAUGCCACCGUAAUGAACUUUUUCCCUUUGAUCGUACAGAGGCUAGGAUACUCCGUCAUCAAGACAAAUCUUUGGACAGUCGCGCCAAAUUUAGUCGGCGCCAUAUUUUUACGGUGCGUGGCCAAAUCUUCAGACUAUUUUCGCGAGCGAACAUUCCAUAUCGCAUUCUCGUUGAAAAUUUCGUUGGUCGGGAUGGUCGUGCUCGCCACCAUUGAUGUUGAGGCCAACAAAUCCGUGGCAUACUUCGCCUGCUUUCUUAUGGCAGCAGGAUCAUAUAUCCCGUCAUGCUUGGUGCAUGCAUGGCACAACAAUAACAACAUGCACGAAAAUUCACGGGCAGCAAACACGGGCUUCUUCGUAGGCCUGGGUAAUUUGGCAGGUAUCCUAAGCGCCGGAACAUUUCGAACCCAAUAUGCACCAAAGUAA